CGCCCUGGCUGCUGUGGCCCGGAUGUCCGGGCGCCGCGAGCCGGGUGGCUGAUUUCGGAGCUUCUUCAAGGAAACCUGCAAGCGGCCAAUGGCAUGCCUUGGACUUUACUGUGGGAAGACCCUAUUAUUUAAAAAUGGCUCAACUGAACUAUAUGGAGAAUGUGGGGUGUGUCCAAGAGGACAGAGAACAAAUGCACAGAAAUAUUGUCAGCCUUGCACAGAGUCUCCAGAACUUUAUGAUUGGCUGUAUCUUGGAUUUAUGGCUAUGCUUCCUCUUGUUUUACAUUGGUUCUUCAUUGAAUGGUACUCGGGGAAAAAGAGUUCCAGUGCCCUUUUCCAGCACAUCACUGCAUUAUUUGAAUGCAGUAUGGCAGCUAUUAUCACCUUACUUGUGAGCGAUCCGGUUGGUGUUCUUUAUAUCCGUUCGUGUCGAGUACUGAUGCUUUCUGAUUGGUACACAAUGCUUUACAACCCAAGUCCCGAUUACGUUACCACAGUGCACUGUACUCAUGAAGCUGUCUACCCACUAUACACCAUCGUAUUCAUCUAUUAUGCAUUCUGCCUGGUAUUGAUGAUGCUGCUCCGACCCCUUCUGGUAAAGAAGAUCGCCUGUGGCUUAGGAAAGUCUGAUCGAUUUAAAAGUAUUUAUGCUGCACUUUACUUCUUCCCGAUUUUAACUGUGCUUCAGGCAGUUGGCGGAGGCCUUUUAUAUUAUGCCUUUCCAUACAUUAUAUUAGUAUUAUCUUUGGUUACUCUGGCUGUGUACAUGUCGGCUUCUGAAAUAGAGAAUUGCUAUGAUCUUCUGGUGAGAAAGAAAAGACUUAUUGUUCUCUUCAGCCACUGGUUACUUCAUGCCUAUGGAAUAAUAUCCAUUUCCAGAGUGGAUAAACUCGAGCAAGAUUUACCCCUUUUGGCUUUGGUACCCACCCCAGCUCUUUUUUACUUGUUCACCGCAAAAUUUACCGAACCUUCACGGAUACUGUCCGAAGGAGCCAAUGGACACUGAAUGUAAGAGCCAAAAAACCUAAAAAGUGUUCCUUGUGAAAAAUAUAAAAUGUAUUAAUGCCCUUCUGUUGUACAUGGAAAUGAGAUGGGGUUUGUUUGUUAACAGCCUUUAUGGUUAGACUUGGAAAAAUAUAGUAGAUAUGCUAUAGCACACUGGGACACUACAGGCUUGUUAGGAAGCGCUUGCCUCCUGUAACAAUAUUAUUCUUUAGAGCAAAACCAUGUUUCUGGAAUAAGCUGAAAUCUUUAGCAUUGACCUAAUUUUGCAUGUAUUUGUUUUUCAAGUGUAAUUAUAAGGACAAACAUACCUUGGUGGUCUGCUAGCAAUCAUGGAAAUGAAGUACGUUGUUUGUUGUUAUCUAUUUAUUUUUACCAAUACAGUAUUUUGAUUAUAAAACUAGAGCAUAAUUUAUAUAACAGGUUUUUUGUUUAUAGGUGGUUUGGUUGAAAACAUCUUGUGGUUGUUUCUGUUAAGAAAAACAAUAAAAUGUUUACAAAAAAAAAUCUCAGAUGUUCUGACAUUUAAUUGUAUUUUGCCACACGAAUUGUGGAAAUAAUUCAAACUCUUUAGUAAGAGUAUUCCUUUCCCAAAUGAAUAAAUACAUGUAUUCACAUAGUCCCUCCUUCUUAGGUCUCCUUUUUAAAGGCUGUAUACCAGGGCCAUAUUUUAUUGAUCCUGAAACUUUUUCACAUGUGACAUCUCUGAAUUAGGAUGCAUCUCAGAAUUGAUGCCUUCUUAGAUUUAACAAAAUACAGAAUAUAUACAAUACAUAAAUAGUUUUCCUGUGGUUGUUGAUAGGUGUGCUGUGAAUUUUAUGCUCUGAAGCCUUUAAGAGACUCAUGUGGAACCAAAAUAAGGUUUAGCACUUAACCUGAUAACCUUCUAAACAACACAAAUGGAUAAACAUGGUCAGAUUAUUUACCAAUUCUGCUGUUUAGUGGGGAUUGUGCAGGCUUGUUAAUCUCAAACUUAAAACUUUCACUGACCAUUGCAAAAUCUGAAAGUGCACUCACUUUGUGCCUUUUGAAUUCACAGCAGUUGUAUCUUUGAAGUUAUUAUGUUAUUUUUUCUCUGCUAAUGCGUUCUUCAUGGUACAUUCAACCACGGGGGGGUGGACUUUUUUGAUAUGAACGUGUUUCUUCUUUUCUGUAGGAAUAAAAAUAAAUAAGAAUUUUAUGUAUCUCAUACAA